AACCAUCUUGCCCUUCUUCUGAAUUGUGUACAAUGCGACUCAUAAUUCGACAAGAUUACGACGAAGUGUCCUCUUAUGUUGCUCACUAUAUCCGCGAGCGGAUCUUGCAGUUUGCUCCUACAAGGGACAGACCAUUUGUUCUCGGACUCCCUACAGGCUCUUCUCCAAUAGGCGUGUACCGAAAAUUAGUAGAGUUCCAUGAGGCAGGCGAAGUAUCCUUCAAGCAUGUGGUUACUUUCAACAUGGAUGAAUAUGUGGGCCUUCCGCGUGAUCACCCAGAGUCGUAUCACACCUUUAUGUCCACACAACUCUUUGACCACAUUGAUAUACCUAAAGAAAAUAUUCAUAUGUUGGAUGGAAAUGCCCUAGAUUUGGAUGCCGAGUGCCGACGAUACGAAGCCACCAUUGCAAAAUUUGGCGGAAUUGAAUUAUUUCUCGGUGGCAUUGGCCCAGACGGCCACAUUGCCUUCAACGAACCAGCAUCUUCUUUGACUUCAAGAACUCGAGUGAAAACCCUUGCUUAUGAAACCAUCAUUGCCAAUGCUCGAUUUUUUGAUGGCGAUAUUAGCAAGGUCCCAAAACUGGCGUUGACGGUUGGAGUAGCGACUAUUAUGGAUGCUCGCGAAGUCUGCAUUAUCAUAACCGGUGCUCAUAAAAGUAUUGCUCUCGCGAAAUGCAUUGAAGCAGGAGUCAAUCAUUUGUGGACGGUCUCAGCUAUUCAGAUGCACCCAAAAGGUCUUAUUGUCUGUGACGAGGAUUCAACAUUGGAACUACGAGUAAAGACGGUCAAAUACUUCAAGUCCAUCGAACAUGUUCACCAGGCUUUGAUCGGGAAGGAAAAUUUGGGUUUACAGGGUGAAGUCUUAUCAGAACAAUCGAAAAGACGCAGACGAAGGUCUCAUAUCAGCGACGAAGGCUGGUCCGAAGGAGCUUGCACUACCGAGACUUACGAUGAAGAAGGCUAUCAUAGUAGUAGCCCACCAAAACGUAGCCGUCAAAGAGAAUGAUGCCAUGUCACUUUUUCGAACUUUUAGCGCAGGAUACGCUUGAUUCAUCUGUUUAUAAUGUAUUUUUUUUUUUUCGUUGUUAUUUUGUCCUUUUCGUUGAGCCUUCGUAUUUUAUGGUAGUUGUAUCUUGUGUGAUUCAACUUCGCUAUAGUAUUUUAGCAGACCAGACUUUGCAUGGUUGUUAUAAGACCUGUAGAGGGAGAACUCCACGAGCUGUUUGUGCUACAAUUUUCUUUUUAAACUUUUCUUUUACACGUCUAAAACCGUCAGAGUACCCCC